AUGGCAGUACCACUGACCCCACUCAAAGCCCUCAAGUGCAGCUAUGAUGAUUGCUUUCACUCCUUUGACACGGAGCGCGAGAUGAAAGCUCAUCUCAAGGACAAGAAUCGCCACCCCUACUACUGUGGCAAGGAUCCUGGUUACGAGAGAAUUCAAAGAGGCUUUGUGAAGUGUGACUUCCAUGGCAAGACCUGGGAUGAACUUGUUGCACACAAAGUCGAGACUAUGCUUCCAUGGAUCGUCGGCGAGCGCAGAUUUGCGAAGCCGAAGAUGCUGAACCACAUCGUCUGUGAGUUCUGUGGUGUGGACUUUGAGAGCCUUGCUGGCAGAGAGAUGCAUCGCAAACAGAUGCACCAAGCUGAUCAACACGUCGUGUGCAAAGGCUAUCUCAUCGUCCGUGAUGAGGACGGAAACGACCAUCGUGAAGGAUGCGGCAAUAUCUUCGGCCGCGCCAGCCAGCUUAUCAGCCAUAUCGAGGGAGGUUUCUGUGCCUACAUCAAGCCUAUGGCACUCAAACAGGACCGUGAACACAAGCGCAUGGUCAAACUGAUCUUGGAUGACCCCGAAGGCUUCAAGAGAAACAUGAUGGGCCUGCCUGAUGAUACCAUCCAGCCAAUGCCAAGCGAGUCUGACAGCACGAGCGGUGGUGUCACUGUCGAUUUGCUCAGCGAGAGUGAUUACAGCCAGAUCAAUGGCCAACCGCCUCUCAGCCCGCAAUUGUCUUCGACUGCAAGCCAAUCUGAAGUCGAGUGGUCUGAGUUGCUGAGCUCUGGAGUCAGUCAACUAAGCCAAUCGGUAGCCAACCUCUCAAUCGACUCAGUCGACUCAGCACACAACUCAGCAAGCAACAGCGAGUUGUCUUCCGAUGACUCUACCGUGAGCGAAAGCGACGAUACUUUCAGUCUCUAUAGCAACGCCGCAACCACAUACAACGACAAUGGAGAAGACAGUGACGCCCCCGCUGCCGCUACCAGAGCAUGGUCUGCUCCAAACAUUCCUCAAAAACUCUUCGGACGUUCCAAGGUCAAGGCCAUCGCCAACUGGGAUGCUAUCAAUGCCGCUCAUCAGCGUAACAAGGAAGAAGAUGACAACAACAACAUCUUUGUCUCACACUUCUGGGACCCUUCCCAUACUGACUUCAAGCCUGACUUCUUCUACUGCCCAGACAGCACCAACGAUGCUGCUCCGCCCUACAGAUGUCCCUUCGAGAGCUGCAAGAAACGCUUCUACACACCUCAGAGGGUUGGCGACCACAUGCGCGAAUCACACGCUUCACAGCGCAAUCUGUGUCCAGUUUGUCUCAAAGACUUCCACAAGCUCAGUGCCCUUGUCGCUCACUUCGAGGCAAGUUCUUCCGGAGCAAAGUGUGAUAUUGCUCGUCGCGAGGGCUACGGCACAGUGCUCUUCGAGAUGACCGGAGGCCUGGUCAAGGCUCACAAGACGUUGGAGGAGCCCAUCUACGGCCACAAGCUAGAGCCUGGUGUUGGUCCUGCCCGACCUGCGCAGAAGACCAACACUGAGGAUGUUCAGUGGCGCUCUGGUAAAACAGGCGUCAAGGACUACGACUACAGAGCCAUAUCUCCUACUCGAGUUCCUAUUUGGAGAAACUGA